GAUUCAAUACCUUUCUGGAGACUAAAAUUCACGCGUAAUGAGUUCUACUGACAGUCUUGCUCGGAGGAGACCUUUGAGUGGCAGGAGUGCAUGGGACAAUGGGGAUGAAGACAUGGAAAGCCUGGGUCCUUAUGACAGUGAGGUCAAGGAGGCUGGUUUGAUUCCCGAGAGGGAUAGAGGAGGAUGUUGGAAUUGCUUAAAGCAGUGUGUUGGAGGUUUUUGGAGCACACGUCAGAUGGCCAAGGGAAAGGAAAAGGAAGACAGGGAAUGGUACGUCAGGACAACUCUAAGGGAGCUACUAAUCUACAUUAUUUUUAUCGUCAUUUUUUGCAUUUUAACAUUUGGAAUGAUGAGUUCCGUGAUGUACUACCAAACCAAAGUAAUCAGUGAAUUGUUUUUAGAGUCGCCUUUCACGGAUAACCGGAACAACGUCAAGGGUUCUACUCAGCUUGUGGAUUUCUGGAGGUUUGUAGAUUAUGUAAUGCUGGACAGUCUUUACUGGGAGACAUGGUAUAAUGACAAUCCUACUGACCUAGAGGACCGGAACAUUCUCUAUGAAAACCGACUUUUAGGACCUCCGAGAUUACGACAGCUCAGAGUGAAGAAUGAUUCCUGCAAUGUGCAUGACGACUUUAAGAAAGCUAUCUCCCAGUGUUAUGCUGUCUAUUCCAGCCAUAUUGAAGAAAAAGAACCCUUUGGACUAAUGAAUGGAACAGCCUGGACAUAUAAUUCAGAGAAGGAGAUGAAUGGUUCUAGUCACUGGGGACUUAUAGCCACUUAUAGCGGAGCUGGGUCCUACAUAGACCUCGGAACGAACAAAUCGCAAGCUCUGUCUGUCAUGAAUGAGCUACGGGAAAACUUAUGGAUCACUCGAGCUACAAGAGCUGUAUUUCUGGAUUUUACUACAUACAACGCCAACUUAAAUCUAUUUUGUGUUGUGAAGAUUGUGUUCGAGUUUCCAGCCACCGGGGGGAUGAUUCCAUCCUGGAGUUUUCGGACUGUAAAGUUACUGCGAUAUGUCAGCACUUUCGACUAUGUCAUUCUAGCCUGUGAAGGCAUCUUCUGUUUAUUUAUCAUUUACUAUAUCAUUGAAGAAGCUAUUGAGAUUAAGCAGAAUAAGUGCACGUAUUUCAAGUCAUUCUGGAAUAUACUUGACAUUCUUGUGAUUUUGAUCUCAUUGCUGUGUAUAGCGUUCAGCAUCUUUAGAACAUUAAUGGUGAACAAUGUGAUGGAAAGUCUACUUGAAAAUCCAGAUGUCUUCUCUGACUUCGAGUUUCUUGGGUUUUGGCAGACGCAAUUUAACAAUGCUGUGGCCAUAGAUGUUUUUUUUGCUUGGAUUAAGAUAUUCAAGUACAUCAGCUUUAACAAGACCAUGACCCAAUUAUCAUCUACUCUGUCACGGUGUUCCAAGGAUAUUGCAGGCUUCGGAAUCAUGUUCUGUAUUGUAUUUUUUGCCUAUGCUCAGCUGGGUUACUUGUUAUUCGGAACCCAAGUGAAAGAUUUCAGCAAUUUCCUAAAAUCUGUGUUCACCCUGUUGCGCAUCAUUCUGGGAGACUUUGACUUCUAUGAAAUAGAAGCAGCAAACAGAGUACUUGGGCCACUCUUUUUUCUCAGCUAUGUGUUCUUCGUAUUCUUUGUCUUAAUGAACAUGUUUUUGGCAAUCAUCAACGAUACCUACUCAGAAGUAAAGGCAGAGAUUGCAAAUCAAAAGAAUGAGUUUGAAAUAGUAGACUACUUUAAACAGGGAAUCAACAAUGUCAUGGGGAAAAUUGGCAAGCGUGAUCAUAUUGUAGAUAUUCAGAACGCUCUGAAACUCGCCGAUCAAGAUAAUGAUCAGAAGUUGUCAUUCGACGAAAUGCGCCACACUCUCAAAAGACAAAACCUUUCAGAAAUGGAGAUUGAGAUGCUGUUUGCAAAGUACGAUCGCGACGGCAAUCGGGAGUUAGACAGCCGUGAGACCAAACAGAUGCUGGCAGACUUAGAGGGCGAGAAGACUCAAUUAGAUAGAGAAAUCCAGAUGGAACAGGAAGGAGUUCGUCCAUUUAGUGCUGGUGGAAGAGAAAUGUUCACAAACCUGAACGUUCGGGUAGACAAAAUGGAAGAGUCCAUUGGAAACAUUGUCAUGAAAAUUGACAAUGUACUUGGGAACAUCGACUUCAAGGAUCAAUCAAAGGGAAGACAUAUGAAGCAAUAGAAAAAAUGC